UCACGUGUAAUGGUCUUUGCCAUUGAGGAGAUAAACAAGAGUACAAAGCUGCUGCCGGGCAUCAGGCUCGGUUAUCAGAUCCAUGACUCCUGUGCUUCAGUGACUGUGGCAGUGCAUGCAGCAUUCCAGCUUUCUAAUGGCCUGGACCCUGUGUUUUAUACUGGUGCCAAUUGCUCAAAAUCUAGUACAGUGAUGGCUGUUGUUGGUGAGUCUGGGUCCACACCAUCUAUAAGCAUUUCACAUGUCAUCGGACCCUUUAAUAUUCCUCAAGUGAGCCACUCUGCCACUUGUGCAUGCCUAUCUGAUAAGCGUCAGUACCCGAGUUUCUUCAGAACAAUCCCCAGCGAUCAGUUCCAGGCUGUGGCACUGGCCAAGCUGGUGAAACACUUUGGCUGGACUUGGAUAGGUGCUGUCCGGUCAGAUUCAGACUAUGGGAAUAAUGGCAUGGCGUCUUUCCUGGAUGCAGCGCAAAAAGAGGGGAUCUGUGUUGAAUACUCUGAAUCUUUCUAUCGGACCCACCCACGUAGCAGGAUCCAAAGAGUGGCUGAUGUUAUCCGCAGUUCAACAGCUAGGGUUGUUGUGGCAUUUUAGCCUUCCGGUGACAUGGGCAUCCUGCUGGAGGAGCUGUCUCGUGAGCCUUCCCCACCUCGCCAGUGGAUAGGCAGUGAAGGCUGGAUAACCCAUCCAGACAUGCUGAGGUUCACGUUCUGUGCUGGAGCAAUCGGAUUUGCCAUUCAAAAAUCUGUCAUCCCAGGUCUGAGAGACUUCCUGCUGGACCUCUCUCCCACUAAAGUUGCAGCUUCUCCAGUUCUGACUGAGUUCUGGGAGGAUGCAUUCAACUGCAGGCUGGAACAAAGUACAAAAGUUGAGCUAAUUCCUUGUGGUUCUGCCACUGACAAGAAGGUGUGUAAUGGAAGUGAAGACAUACGGAAGCUCCAGAGCCCGUACACUGACACGUCUCAGGUCCGAUCCGAUAACAUGGUGUACAAGGCUAUUUAUGCAAUAGCACAUGCCAUUCAUAAUGUUGCCACAGACAAGAGGGUGUGUAAUGGAAGUGAAGACAUACAGAAGCUCCAGAGCCCAUACACUGACACGUCUCAGAUGCUUACUCAGCUGAAGAAAGUAAAUUUUUCCCAGAAUGGUUAUCAUGUGUCAUUUGAUGCCAAUGGGGAUCCUGUGGCCACAUAUGAGCUGGUUAACUGGCAGAAAAGUGAGAGUGGCAGCAUUGUGUUGGUGACCGUAGGGUAUUAUGAUGCAUCACUGCCACUGGGCCAGGAGUUACAUAUCAACAGGAACCUCACCUGGGCAGAGGGCAGCACACAAGUACCUGUGUCAGUGUGCACUGACAGCUGUCCUCAAGGAACUCAUAAAGUGCUGCAGGAAGGAAAAUCCAUCUGUUGUUAUGAUUGUGUCCCAUGUCCUGUGGGAGAGAUCAGCAAUGCUACAGAUUCCUCAGAUUGUUUCCCUUGUCCCAAGGAGUUCUGGCCUAAUGCAAACAAAGACACAUGUUUCCCCAAGCUUGUAGAGUUUCUUUCCUUUGAUGAGGUCCUAGGAAUCAUCCUGGCUGCAUUCUCAGUUGGUGGUGCCUGUCUGGCCAUUAUAACAGCCAGUGUAUUCUUUCGACACAGAACAUCUCCAAUUGUCAGGGCCAACAACUCUGAGCUGAGCUUCCUGCUGCUCUUCUCCCUGACUCUCUGUUUCUUAUGUUCAUUAACUUUCAUUGGAGCACCCUCCGAGUGGUCCUGCAUGCUGCGCCACACAGCGUUUGGGAUCACCUUUGUUCUCUGUAUCUCUUGUGUUCUCUGUAAAACUAUAGUGGUGUUAAUGGCCUUCAAAGCGACACUUCCAGGCAGUAAUGUGAUGAAAUGGUUUGGUCCUCCACAGCAAAGAAUGACAGUAGUGUCUUUCACAUUUAUUCAAGUGUUAAUAUGUACUAUUUGGUUGGUUGUUAGCCCCCCUUUUCCAAUGAAAAACCUAACCACAUACAAAGAAAGAAUCAUCCUGGAGUGUGCAUUGGGCUCAGCUGUUGGGUUCUGGGCUGUGCUUGGGUACAUUGGCCUACUGGCUGUCUUUUGCUUUGUGUUAGCCGUCCUAGCCCGGAAACUACCUGAUAACUUCAAUGAAGCCAAGUUUAUCACGUUCAGCAUGUUGAUAUUCUGUGCAGUCUGGAUCACUUUUAUCCCAGCAUAUGUCAGCUCUCCUGGGAAGUUUACUGUGGCUGUGGAGAUAUUUGCUAUUCUGGCCUCCAGUUUUGGUUUAAUACUGUGUAUAUUUGCUCCAAAGUGUUUUAUCAUAUUGUUUAAACCAGAGAAGAACACCAAGAAACAUGUAAUGAACAAAACUGUAUCUUAG